AUGAAUAGCAAUUUCUGCAAACAAAUUUAUUCUCCAUUGGAGAAAACAAAUUCAGCAAUUAUUGAAUCAAUUUUUCAUAAAGGAAAGUCGAUUUACGACUACAAUAACCCAUUAUUGAAUCAUCAUCAGAUACUCAUCAAUAAUCACCUUUUGGAAGGUGGUUUUUUGGAAAGUAACCACGACCAAAGUGGGUACCAACAACUGUCCAUUAUUGAAGAGUUGAUAAAUGAGUUUUAUGCAGGAACCACUUCUAACAGUAGAAAACAUGAUAUUGAGGUACAAUUGGAAGCAUUUAAGCAAGAUAGUUCAUCUUGGAAGCUUUGUUUGUGCAAUUUGACACAAAAUAAUCACAUUCAUGUAUGGAUGUUUGGAAUAAAUAUUAUCGAGGAUGUUAUUACAAAAAGGUGGUUCACUUUGGAGAAUAAUGACAGAUUGUUGAUAAAAAGACUUCUUAUGGAAAAAUAUUAAAUCAAAGUUAAAUUGUACCACACAAAGAUAUCAAACAAACAAAUUAGCAAAAUUAUUAACUGAUAUUAUAAAGCGUGAA